UACGAAGUGCAACACUUGCUUCUAAAAUGGGCAACGACAAUAUUUUAAUCGUUCAAGGAAAAAAUGGAAAUAAAAAAUUUGAGUUACAUGUUACCUUCCAAACGUCCGUUGGUGAUCUCUGUACCGAAAUCGAACGAGAAACGGAAAUUCCUGUUCACUGCCAAAGAGUUAUAUAUAACGGUCGAGCUCUAAACAACCAUGCCGAAGACAUGAAUAAACAUUUAGGCACCCUAGGAUUAAAAUCUCCUGCAAAAGUUUUAGUGCUCGGUAAAAAAGCUGACGAAGAGGAUGAAAAUUACAAACUAAUGAAGAAAUGGGAAGUAUCAUGUGACUCUCUUGCACGGCAACUUAGUGGUUUUGAAAAGGAUAUUCUAGAAAUAGAAAGGGGGUUUGCACCUAAGCCAUUGAUUGAUAAUUUGCCAAAAACUGUCAAAAAAAUUAAUUGUUUGGCUGAGGAAUUAAUGACAAUUUUGAUAGCUCUUGAUGAACUCAGCUUCAAAGAAAACCAAAAAGAAGCAAGAGCAAAAAGAAAAUGCAUAAUUGACAGAAUUCAUUUGCUGCACAAAAAGUGUGAUGAAAUGGUACUUUCAGCAAAACAGUUGCAAAGUGGAAAAUCUUGAUGGUUCAUUAAGAGUCUGAAUAUUGAAAUAUAUCCAAUGUAACAUCUUCAGCACUGUUGAUAUUGCUAGCUUGUCUAUAAUCGUUAUAGAAAAAGAAUGGGUUUCAUCAACUUCAAUCACAACAGAACAAUGGUUGAGCUACUAGUGGCUUAUAUCAGGUAGAGGAUGUGUAUAGGCAUAUUUGAGAUUCAUGUUGUAAAUAGUAAAAAUUGUACUGAAUCCGAUACUUCGGACACACAAAUAAACUAAAUUUUAAAGGA